AUGCCACAUAAUUUAUGUGAUUUUUGUGCAUUUUCAAGAAGACGCAAGUAUUUGAUAUUAUGGAUCUCAUUAGUUAUAUAUCUUUUUUACAAAUCGUUUACAUUUUAUUUAAACGGUCGCCAAUUCUUUUAUUUGAGGCGAAUGUUAGGGUUGGGUUUAUGCGUGUCUCGUGGCACUGCAACAGUCCUCAAUCUCUGUUGCGCUCUAGUCCUACUGCCAUUAUGUAAAAAACUAAAUCAAUUGCUGUACAGAAUUUUAUCUAAGAUAUGCCCUGGAUUGUUUUUCUUUUGGUUGGAGAGCGCGAAAAGUUUUCAUAUGACCGUGGCGAUAACUCUUGUAAUUUUUGGUGUAAUACAUUCCGUAUCGCAUUUCGUGAACUUGUGGAAUUUUUCGCGCAGUUACGACGAAGUAAGGGAGGAAAUCAACUUGGCAAGAUAUAAGAACGAGAGCCCUUUACUCCUUUUAAUGAGUGUAGCAGGCGUUACUGGAAUAUCGAUGCUUAUUAUAGUAAUUAGUAUGGGAUUAACGUCUACUAGAAUCGUCAGACGGAGAAUAUAUAAUGCCUUCUGGUACACCCAUCAGUUGUACCUGCCUUUUAUGGUGUUGCUGAUGAUUCAUCCUUUGAGCGGAGUAUUAAAAGAAGAAAUCGUAGACGAAAACAGAUACAGGACUGAUAUACCCACAAUUAAUGUAAGCGGAUGGAAUGUGACACAUGAUUUUCCAAAGUUUGCUGCGAUACAAUCAAUGACGUGGCUGUGGAUGACUUUACCUUUGAGCUGUUUUUUUAUGGAUUUAUUAUGGAGGAUAUUCACGAGGAACCUGGCGAAAGUUCGAAUAUUAAAAGUAAGUCACAUGGCGGGUCGCACUAUAAGCUUGACCCUGAGCACUCCGCACCGAGAGUUCGUGUGCCGCGCGGGCCAGUACGUGCUGGCGCAGUGCCCGAACGUCUCCGUGAUGGAGUGGCAUCCGUUCACUGUCGUUGAGAUUCCUAGUAAAAGCCAAAGAAGAUUUACUAUAUGGAUAAAAGUUAAAGGAGAUUGGACCGAGACUUUAGAAAAAAUGAUAAAAGAAAGAGGCCCAAAUAAUCUUAGUGUGCUUAUCGACGGCCCAUUUUCAAGUCCGAUGGAAGGUAUAAGUAGCAGUGAAAUAUCUAUUUGUAUUGCUGCGGGAGUUGGAAUAACGCCUUUUGUUUCUGUGCUAAAGGAUAUGUUAAUGAAACCAAGAAAUAAACUACCUGGUAGAGUCCAUUUAAUAUGGAUAGUGAGACAUGAGGGAGAACUUACUUGGAUCGCAAAUUUAGCCACUGACACUAUAAUUCAAUUGCGAAACAAUAACCGACUUGACCGACUACAAAUAGAACUGUAUGUAACUAAUUCAAACAACAAUAUUGAAAAUAGAGAAAACAAUGAAAAAUCACAUUUAAUAGUACUUAAUGAGAGUGGAAAUCUAAUCCACGUAGUUAACAAUGAAGAAAAACCUUUGAAUACAAGCAAAAAUGGUUAUCUAAGUAAAGAAAAGAAAAUGGAGAACAUGAAUAACCCUACAAUUGAUACAGAUAUACGAAUGGAGAAGAAUUAUUCAAAUAGUGAUGAAAGAAAAUGUCUGUUAACUCCCAUUAAUAAGAGAAGUGCUUGUGAAGAAAGUGUUAGUGAUGUUAGAGGGUUGAAUAAUAUGGAGAAUAUGAAUAAUGAAUUUGAAAUUGCGAAGAAGUAUCCGUUGCUAGGGUGUAGGGUGAGGAGAGGAAGGCCGCAUUGGGACAGAGUGUUUGGUUAUUGGGCCCAUUUAUAUCCUGGGCAUCACAUUAACUUAUACUGCUGCGGACCAAAGAAAUUAGUGAAGUUACUACGGAACAAGUGUAAAUAUUCGUCGAGGCACACUAAGACAAAGCUUACGUUUAUCCACGAAGCUUUCUCC